AUCCUUAAACUCAUUAUCCAGCAUGCGCCUGCUCCUUUAAGAACUGUAGGAUCACGUGAGACAAUCAUAUGACCUGUCACAUGACAGGAUAGUGUUGGAGUGUUUCACAGCUACUGCUCGGGAUCCCGCAGUGUUUUGUCUUCUAAACUAUUCAAGCAUCCACUAAUAACUUUGAGCAAGAUGGACAUCAGAGGUGCUGUGGAUGCUGCAGUUCCUACCAAUAUUAUUGCUGCAAAGGCUGCAGAAGUUCGAGCAAAUAAGGUUAACUGGCAGUCCUACCUUCAAGGACAGAUGAUUUCGGGUGAAGAUUGUGAAUUCAUUAAGAAGUUUGAAGCAGCUCGUUCGGAAGAUAAACAACGGAUACUGGAUAAUGAAGGCCACCAGUGCGCCAAAACCUUUUUGAACUUAAUGGCCCACAUUUCCAAGGAGCAAACAGUGCAGUACAUUCUGACGAUGAUUGAUGACAUGCUACAGGAAAACCACCAACGUGUCAACAUUUUCUUUGAUUAUGCGAAAAAAACCAAGAAUACUGCCUGGUCCUACUUUUUACCAAUGUUGAAUCGACAGGAUCUGUUCACUGUUCACAUGGCUGCAAGAAUUAUAGCAAAACUAGCUGCUUGGGGGCGUGAAUUGAUGGAAGGGAGUGAUCUAAACUACUAUUUCAAUUGGAUUAAAACUCAACUAAGUUCUCAGAAGUUGCGUGCUGUGGGUUCUGAAGCAGGAACUGUCUCGCCGAGUGAGAGCUCCCAAUAUGUGCAAUGUGUGGCAGGUUGUCUGCAGCUAAUGCUAAGAAUCAAUGAAUAUCGUUUUGCCUGGGUAGAAGCUGAUGGAGUGAACUGUAUCUUAGCUGUUAUAAACAACAAAUGUGGCUUCCAGCUGCAGUAUCAGAUGAUCUUCUCCUUCUGGUUACUGGCCUUCAGUCCACAGCUGUGUGAGUAUCUGCGCAGAUUGAACAUUGUUCCAGCCCUAUCAGAUAUUCUUCAGGAAUCUGUGAAAGAAAAGGUUACCAGAAUUAUUCUGGCAACAUUUAGGAACCUUCUGGAAAAAUCUGCAGAAAGAGAAACUCAUCAGGAAUAUGCACUUGCUAUGAUUCAGUGCAAAGUCCUUAAACAGUUGGAGAACCUUGAACAGCAAAAGUAUGAUGAUGAAGAUAUUGCUGAUGACAUCAAAUUCCUUUUGGAAAAACUUGGAGAGAGUGUCCAAGAUCUCAGUUCUUUUGAUGAAUACAGUUCCGAACUGAAGUCAGGGCGCUUGGAAUGGAGUCCGGUCCACAAAUCAGAAAAAUUCUGGCGUGAAAAUGCUGCAAGGUUGAAUGAAAAGAACUAUGAACUACUGAAGAUUUUGACCAGGCUUUUAGAAGUCUCUGAUGACCCUCAGGUGUUGGCAGUUGCUGCACAUGAUAUUGGUGAAUAUGUGCGCCACUACCCUCGGGGAAAACGUGUAAUUGAACAGCUUGGAGGCAAGCAACUUGUCAUGAACCAUAUGCAUCAUGAAGAUCAGCAAGUGCGCUACAAUGCACUUUUGGCAGUUCAAAAACUGAUGGUACACAACUGGGAGUACCUUGGGAAACAGCUGCAGUCAGAUCAACCACCAACUGUCACCACCAGAAGCUGAAUUUUCUGAAAUCACUGUUGCCUACACCAAAAUGCAUAGACUGGUGGAUUUGUUUUUGAAGUAUAAAAGAUGUGUUUGUCUGAAUAUAUUGAACUAAGCAUAUAAUGUUUUGAUAGAUAAUUGUUUUUCAUAAAUUCACAUACAACAUUUCUUUAUGGUCUGUAUUAACAAAAUUGAAUAUGUAUCCUGAUUAAGCAGCUUACUGUAUUGGACAUAAGUAUGUACAUGGUGAAUUAUCUGCAAAAUCAGUUAUUUGAUUUAUUUGUGCUAGUCAAGUUUAAUUUGAGUAAAGUACAAUUAUCUGCUGUGCAUUGUUUGAUAUUAUCUGUCAUCUUGAUUAACAUGUCAAUGUAGUGAUAAAUUAUUAAUAAAACAGCUAUGUGCCUGAAUUGUUAGAUCA